AUGGUGACGCACAGACGGAUGCGCCCUUGGAGAUCCCGCGGAGCCUCUCACUCUCACCCAGGCUCCUCUGUCUGCAGCUCUGGGGCUGAAGAAUGGACUUCCCAGCUGCUGUGCCAAACACGGACCCGUGACAAGUUGGAGUGGAUUGCUCCGUUCUUUCCACUUGGAGACGGCUCCAGACCCACGCAUCUACAAAUGUCAAGUGACCAUGGUUCAGCCGAGGCCGGAUAA